AUGGCGUAUCUCAAAGCCGUCCAACUACAAUCACGUGAACUAUUGCAAGUCAUUCAAGACGAAGCUCAAAAAACAAAUCAACCAACCAUUUAUAAAUGGUGUCAAGAAGUUUUACAACAACAACUAUAA